AGGGGAUAGGGUGAAGCCUUUUAAAAACUAUAUCAAGUAAAAGGCACAAGACAAAAAUCCGUCACUUCUGGGCGGGAAACAAUUUCAUAUUGGUGAAAAUAAUGUUUCCUUUAUUAUUCUUGGUGUUCGUUGUAGCAGUUAAGGUUUUCAAAAAGACCACCCCUAAUGGCAAGGUCACAGUUUAUCUAGGUAAGCGAGACUUUAUCGAUCAUUUGGAUAAUGUUGAUCCUAUUGAUGGAAUUGUCGUCGUUGAAAAUGAUUAUCUUCAGGGCAGAAAAAUCUUUGGUCAGAUAACGACGACUUAUCGAUAUGGACGAGAAGAGGAUGAGGUAAUGGGAGUGAAAUUCAGCAAGGAAUUGGUCCUCAGUAAAGAACAAAUUGUACCAAUGAGAAAGGAAAAACAAGAAACAACGGCAAUUCAAAAUCGUCUUUUGAGAAAAUUGGGACCAAAUGCAUAUCCAUUUUUGUUUCAAUUCCCAUCAAGUUCACCAAGUUCGGUAACACUUCAACCUGGCGAUGACGAUCAAGGCAAACCCCUUGGUGUUGAAUAUAUCGUCAAAGUUUAUGUCGCCGAGAAUGAAGAAGACAAGGGACACAAACGAUCAAUGGUUGCACUUGCAAUUAAAAAACUUCAAUACGCUCCACCAACACGUGGACGACGACUUCCGAGUUCUCUUGUUUCAAAAGGAUUCACAUUCUCUCAGGGUAAAUUAAAUUUGGAAGUGACAUUGGAUCGUGAAAUUUAUUAUCAUGGUGAAAAAGUUGCUGCCAAUGUUAUUAUCACUAAUAAUUCACGGAAAACGGUGAAAAAUAUUAAAAUGUUUGUGGUUCAACAUUGUGAGGUGACAAUGGUUAAUGCUCAAUUUUCUCGACAUGUCGCAAGUUUAGAAACAAGAGAAGGAUGUCCAAUAACACCUGGUGCAUCAUUUUCGAAACAAUUUUUCCUUGUUCCAUUGGCAAGCAGUAACAAAGAUCGACGUGGAAUUGCUCUCGAUGGUCAUCUAAAGGACGAUGAUGUGAAUCUCGCAUCAUCAACAAUGGUAGCUGAGGGAAAAUGUCCAGGAGACGCUAUGGGAAUUGUUAUUUCCUAUUCAAUUCGUGUGAAAUUAAAUUGUGGAACAUUGGGUGGAGAAUUGAUCACUGAUGUUCCAUUCAAACUAAUGCAUCCAGCUCCAGGAACUGUUGAGAAGGAACAGGCGACAUUGAAAAAGAGCAAAAGCAUCGAUCGCGGUCGAUAUGAGAGUUCAUGUUAUGCCAACGAUGACGAUGACAACAUUGUUUUUGAAGAUUUUGCCCGUCUUCGUUUAAAUGAACCAGAAUAAAGAAAAAUGAAAAAAAAUUUCGAUUUAUUUAGCGAAAAAAAAAAGAAAAAAGAAAGGCUGAACAUCUCACUCUCUCUCUCUCUCUCUUUAUGAAUUCCAUCUGAAAACCAAUUGCAACUAAUUAAAAUAAUCCUCUUUAAAAAACAUAAAAAAAAAAAUAAUAAUAAUUUUGAACAUGUUUUUCUUUUUCAAUAUCCCAGAUGUGAUUUUUUAAUUUCGAAACAAAAAAAAAAAGAAACAUAUUUAUAAUUAUAAUUAUCGUAAUUAUAUUCUAUAUUUUUUUUAUAAUUAUAAUAAUUAUAAUCCUAUAAUACAAAUUUUCCUUUUUUGCAAUUUUUUCUUUUACAAUUUAAAAAAAAAAAAUCUAUUAGAAAAAUAAUUGCAAAAUAUGAAAAUUUAAAUGAUAAAAAAAAGGAAAAAAAAAGAGAAAAAAUAAAAAAAUAAUUUUCUACACGAAUUUCCGAUCGAUUGUGGUGGUCGAACGGAAAUUCCAUCAAGAGAUGAUAGGAAACAAAAAAAGAAAAAUUAAUAUUAUAAAAUAAUAAACAUAAUGAAGCUUUUAAAAAAAAUUACUAUUCUCUUUCUUGAAAUGGAUUGAAGAAAGAAUGGAAAAAAAAUAAUAAAAAUAAAACGAUUUUCCCGUUUUACCAGAAGUGACGUGUUAGAUAAUUUAUUUAAAAUACAUGAAUUUAAAAAAAAAAAAGAAAACUAUGAAUUUAAAAAAAAAUGUACAUGAAUAGAAAAAUUAUAUUGUCAAUGAGAGAUUCUCUAUUAUUGUAUAAUUAUUAUUAUUAUAUAAAUAUUGUGUGGGAAAGGAGAUUUAAAAAAAAAAAACAUUUUAUCGUUGACUUAUAUAUUUAUUAUCUAUAUUGUACUUAGAAAAUAAAGUUGAUGAAAUUCU